AUGGCCGCCAAUGGCGCAUAUGGGAUCGAGGGCUGGCUCCCUGACAGCCGGGACUCAUGGAGGUUAGACGCCAUCACGCUGCUGGCCGUAAUUGGCGAGUCUGAGAUUGAAGCGCACUCUCAAGCAAUUGAGGCCUCGGCACUCUGCCUCCUCCCCCGGAUCUUGCCUGCUCCCCAAGCCCUCUUGAAGCCUUCCCGUCCGCUUCGGAUGCCAGACUAUCCGGCCAAGGUCACUGGGGUCUAUUCGGGCGUUGUUCUUGACACACUUGGGUUCUUUGCCAAUAUUAUCCAUCCCCUGGACGACCUACCCACGUACGGCUUCAAGGUCAUCAAAAUCAAGCACAGAAAUGGCGAGGACCCAAGUGUCGACAGCACAUUCGCUGGCGAGAAGGGCAGAGUGGAUGAUGGAAGAUCCUGCCAGAUGGAAGACCUACGACGUCGACAACACCACCGGGACGGCAGCAGGAGAAGCCAGUCAAGUAGCGGAGCGCGGCGUCAGAGCAGCACUGCUUACACCUCGGACAUAGAGCAAGGGUACCAGAUCAGGCAACAACCGAGGGAGAAAUCCGUCGACCCCACGUCCGAGACAUUCACGGCGCUGACAGAGGAACGCCCGGUGGUCACGCCAAAAUGGAGCAGCACAACCAGCAUCAUAUCCAUUGCGUCGCUCGUCCUCACAGGGGUUGUUAUCGGCAUGAUGGUAUACUGGAAAGACGGUGUCGCCCUGCUAGCCGUCGGGAUCGUGUCCCUGGGGACGUCCAUCGUGGGCUAUGCAUCGUGGUGGCGGCCGGUACUAAUGGCGCGCGCGCGGAGGGACAAGGUCAACGCCGGCGACAUCGCCAUCCGCACGCAGCAGGGCGGCUUUAUCCUUGUGCUGUGUUCAGACGAGGUCGCGCGCGAGCUAUAUGCCGGCACGGCCGAGUGCGAGUACCACGUUGGCGACCGGGCGCACAAGCUGCUGAUGGCGCUGGGCACGGCGAUGCUCAUGGUCAGCAUCGUGCUGCUCGGCAACGUCGGCUUCGAGGGCCAGACCAUGGUCGGUGCCAGCUAUGUCGUGCUCAACGGCGCGUACUGGCUGGCCAGCACGGUGUCCAAGGGCCGUUAUUGGGAUCUCUCCCGUUACGAGUGGAGAGAUGUCACUCCGCGGGACGCGAGGCACGCCGACCGGACGACCGACCCAAACGACACGUGUGACGGGUUCUGGAGCUUUACUAGGACCCUGUGGUAUGUCAUCCGCGAGACGAAGAGCACGCGGUGGGCGGAGAGGAGCGGCGCUGCGCCCGGCACGAGGAGAUGGAGGCAGUGGCUGAGGGAGGCCGAGGAGAAUGCGAGGGCGGGCAACCGGAGGUGGGCUGCUGUGAGGCGGAUAGAUCACAUAUUUGCAGACGACGAGUCUGACGCAACGCGGUAG